AUGUGCCAGGGUGGGGAUUUCACAAGAGGGAAUGGGACUGGUGGAGAAUCAAUCUAUGGCUUGAAGUUUGCCAAUGAGAACUUGAAGCUAGAGCAUAAAGGGCCUGGCAUUCUAUCUGUGGGAAAUGCCGGUCCAAACACUAAUUGUUCCCAAUUUUUAAUUUGCACUGAGAAGACCUCAUGGCUUGAUGGAAAGCAUGUUGUAUUUGGGAAAGUUGUUGAUGACUACAGCGUGGUUAAGGAGAUGGAGAAGGUAGGUUCAGAAAGUGGCAGGACCUCACAAACUGUUGUGAUUGAAGAUUGUUUUCAGAUGAUAAGAAGAGAUGGUGGACUUCAAAAUACAAGAUUUUGUUGUAGAUCUAUGUUAGUUCCAAGAUUGAUUGCUAUCUUUACCAUGGAAAGCUACAUUGUAGAUCUAUGUUGGUUCUCAGGAAGAACGUGUAGAGUAAAUAUUGCAUUUGCACAGAUGGUUUAGGUCAAAUUUUAGAAAAGUUUAUGAAUACUUUGUCAUUCAUUUCAAACUUACGUCUUCAGGUCAAACUGUACUUUGUACCCAGUUGUAGAAGGGUACUGAUCCUUUUGGAGUAUAUACGGGAAAAUAGAUUUGUAGUGA